UUGGAAUAACAAAACGCAAAUGACAGCUAUGUAAUUGACGUAAAAUGACAGCUAUGUAAUGACGUAUGGAUGACAAUUUGAUAUUUGUAAGAAAUCAAUAUUAAAACUAUUUCUAUUAAAUAAAUAAUUAACAAGUGAAUUGAAUUGAAGUGAAGUUUAAUUAAUAAUGCCGCGACCAAGACGAUCGAAUCUUUCCCGACAAAGCCGUAAUGCAAGAAGAAUACAAAAUACUGCAAAUGAAAGGACUGAAGAAGAACAAGAAAUUGCACGUGAACAGCGCCGCAAUAGUAUGGCUCGACUUCGUGCUUCUCAAUCACGAGAGCAAAGUGAAGCAGCCCGUGAAACAGCUCGGUUGGCAAUGCAGAAUCGUCGAGCGAACAACAGAAGUCAACAAAUAGAUAAUUUGCGACGCAGAACAAGAUAUUUAGCUGAUUUGAAUCGAGCUGCGUUUCGAUACGAUUGCAGCAAUGAUUACAGCUUGCAUCCUAGCGUUUGCAUUGGGCAAAUGGACGUUGUUUGCAAGUAUUGUGGUGCAUUAAAGUUUUCCGGAGAAACGCCUGGAUUAUGCUGCGCUAAUGGUAAAGUGAAAUUGCCAGUGUUGACUCCGCCACAUGAGCCAUUGUAUUCAUUGCUUUGCGGCGAAACACAAGAAUCACUCCACUUUCUUGCAAAUACUCGAAAAUACAAUAGUUGUUUCCAAAUGACGUCAUUUGGGGCAGACAUUAUCGAAGAAGGAGGUUUUAAUCCGACAUUUAAGAUACAAGGACAGAUUCACCAUCGAAUUGGAUCAUUACUACCUUUCGAAGAUACACAGAAUAAAUUUUUACAAAUAUAUUUCAUGGGCAACAUGGAAGAACAACUUGAUCGACGACUGGGGAUCAAUGCAGGAAUGAAGCGAGAAAUUCUUCAAGACUUGCAGUGUCUGCUUCAUGAACAUCAUGAUCAGAUAGCCGUUAUCGUCUCAGCGAAAGCGCUUUCGUAGAUGGAUGUUCCUGAAUUUAAAAGAUGAGAAGAAAACUCAAGGCGGUAUAAAGAGUUUAAGAAAAAAACCUAAUCACACCGCAUCCAAAUGACCGGCAAUCAGGCAGAUCGAGAUGUCAAGUUCUCUCCUUAUGGCUUUUUAAUAUAGCCGCUAUCGUCUCAGCGAAAGCGCUUUCGUAGAUGGAUGU